AUGGUAGAAGAUGAGGAACCGAGUAUAGCCGUCCCGGAGGGGGAUGUAGCCUUCCCUCUGUACGGAUGUCCUCGCUCGCUGCGGAUACACCUUCUCUGCCACAGGCUCAAGAAGCUCGUGGCGAGCUGUGCGGGCAAGGGCGGCCCAGAAAAAGCCCUCGGGCAGUCGAAGAAGUUCACUUUCGGCCUGCUGGCACAAAGUCCGGGGAGUUUCCCCAAUCAAGGACCUAACUCGGUCAAUGUCGACUCUCUGAGACGGUGUAUUGUGACCCCCGCAUACGGGACAAGAAUUGUGGUGAAUAUCGAGGAAGCGCAGCACCUCGCCCUUCUCGGAUGUUACUUCGCCCGCGAAGUGAUUGGACCGCACGGGCACGAGCAAGCCCGGUUCCCGGAAGGGCUCCGGCAUGCUGCUCGUCAACUACCGCGUAGCAUUCUAGCAAAGACGCUAGUCAGGGGCGCUCUCCUCGAGUACUUCAAGCUCAACGAGUACGACGGCACCAAGCUCAACUUCCAAUUCAGUCGACGGGUAGUUGCGUCUCUCGCGACCAACGCUCUCUUCUCGCCCGUCCCAACCCCCCCAAGGCUUGCCUAUCUCGCUCUCGAAGCCGCGCAAAGACGCCGCGACAAAUCCAUCUCCCUCUUCCGAUCCCGUCGGCUCAACUCGCCCGUUGCCCGGGCGCAGCAUAAGCGGCAACGGCGCCUCCGACCGGCCAAAGACAUUGAGGAUCCAUAUAUCGCUGCCGUUCUGAUUGCCCUUGCGCAGGAGCAGUCCUACCAAGACCAAAGCCGUCCUGACCACUACAGGGUUCAUCUACUGGCCGCCAAGGAUGACAACCUCUAUUUUUACACAGCCCUCAUCCCCUCUCACUUUCUCGACCGGUUAGACCGGCCCAGUCAACGGUACCCAACCAGUUAA